AUGCCCGCAUCCUUGGAAAAUGGCGCCGCCGCCUUGCGCGACGUUCCGUCCUUUGUCAGCGCUCGUGCCGCAAACACCAUCAUCUCCGAGGAUCGUCCCACCCGCAUCCAAGCAGAGACGCUUCUCGUCCUCAAUGGCUUGCUCGACGAAUUGCUCCUCCUCAUCCUCGCUUCCGCCAAAAGUCUAGCCACCGACCGCAUCAAGUCGGAUGGCAUGCUCAAGGUCCUCAGCAACAACCUCUUGGCAAAGGACGCCGUGCUCGAGGCCGAGCUCGAGCUUCGCAGCUACGUCGAUGGCAAGCGCGCAGAAGGCGCAAAAGUGCCCUUGGGCCUCAUGGCCACUUCCAGACUCGACGGCACCGACGGAUUUCCUGUCCAGAGCGCCUUCAAAGCUCUCCGACUGCGGUGUCAGUUCUACUCGACGCUCGGCGACUGCGACGACGAAGGCCUCGCCAAGGACCAGAACAUUAUGAGCACAGACGGCCGCCCCAUCGCCACCGUCACCCAAGGCGUCGCCAUCUACGUCACCGCGCUCCUCGAGUACGUCGGUCAGCACGUCCUCCAGAACGUCUCCCGAGUCAUCGAGCGCGACAACUCCGACGAAGCCAGCCUCUACGACCUGCGCGCAGCAAUCACCGAGGACGAGCAGCUCAACCCCCUCUACAACAAGAUGGCCAUCAAGCAGGAGCUCGCACGCCGCAUCGACAUCCUCGAAGCGCGCAGGCGCAAACUCACCGAAGAUGGCGCCAGGUCCGGCGUCCGCUCCGACGCACGCGUCGUCAAACCCUGGCACGUCCCCACCGAGGGCGACUUCGACGAAGCUGCCGGGCCCACUCUAUUCUCGGCCAAGCGCGCCUCGGUGCAGCAGCCGUUCUCCACCGCCUCGUCAUCCAGGCACGGCCAUGCAGCUUCGAGCAGCAUCGGACACGCGGACAGCUCGUCUCUGCGUGCCAGUACAUCCACGCUGCGCACCUCCUCUUCCAUUGCCAACCACAACACUCCCGAAAGCUCGUCUCUCGUCUCGUCCACAGGUGGUGCUGCGGCGCAAUCAGAUUCCCGCUCAUCCCCUGCACGCAAUGCCUCUGGCAGCACUUCUCGCUCCGAGGCCAACACAGGCAGCAUCGGGCGGCGACAAAGCUCGGAUCGCAGCUGGUCCGGCAUGUUCGGAAGCAUGAAGCGACGCGGCAGCUUUAAACAAGGAUCGGAUCCCAAUGGAACAGCAGGUCGUCCCUUUCUCCAGCCCGAUGCCGCCUCCUUGCAGACCAGCCAGUCCAGCUCGGCGCUCGAUCCGGACGACGACUUUGAAGCGCUCAUGCUUUCCAAUCAGACCAUGAAGGUAUCGCUCACUCCCAAUCGGCUUCACACCAUCGAGGUCGCCAAGAAGGGCGAUGAUGCCAAUCUCGGAUCUGUGCGUCGACGCCCUGGCACAGCCGGUCUACGAGACGAAUCUGCCCCGGUAGCUGGCGCAUUCGGCCAGGCACCCAGCCCUUCUGCAACGCUCAGCUCGCAAAUGUCCGAUGCCCAGUCAGGUACCGCCAAUGGCGCCGCCGGUGUUGUCCCCGAGACAACCUUCCCGCGCCCGAGCUCCCGCGCUUCGCUGCAGACAGCAGUGCGUCCAGAGCGCAGGGCUGCUGCGCCUCCGCCCUCGUCCUACCGCAGCCCAUCUCCUGCGUUCCUUGGCAAGACGAAUCUGCUGGUGCGCGAUGUAUUGGAGGAGGACGCCGGUCUGCCGGCUCAGAUGUCUGCAGCGGCACCGCGCCGUAGCGGGCUGCGCCUUCAGCCUCGCGAUGACGAGGCAGAGCGCGGAUCCUCGAAUGCCAAGGACCUUGUGGAUCUCUUCAGAUCCACACCGCCUUCGGCGACGUCGGAGCGAUUCGGCAACUUUGGAUCGGACACGGCUUCGCUCAACGAUGCAUCGAGCAAAAAGUCGGCGAUGGGCGACCGCGUCCGCACGCUGUUUGGACGAAAGUCGACCAGCAGCUCGGGGCAUGGCACGCCCGCUUCGCCACAGCAGAAGACCCAACGCUCCAUCGCACGUGGCGACACCAAGCCGAGCCUCGAAGGCUCGCAAGACACGUACAUCACCAGCAGCACCAACAACUCGAUGGAGCAGUCCAGAUCGCUAUUCUCGCCCAAUGAGGCGCCUUUCAACCGAUCGGCAGCAUCGCGCUCGUCGACCUCGACGUCCGAACACCCGACGGCCAGCGCAGACGCAGCACCCGAUUCCAAGGUGACUCCGGAUGUCACGGUGGUCGAGCCCGACACCGACUCGCCGAAAGGGACCAAUGGACUGGGCAUCGCAUCGACGGCUGCAGCCGCUGCAGCUGCGGCGGCUGGCACGGCCGGUAUCAUGGCGGCGGCUCGCUCAGCCAGCCACGGCUCGCGCUCCACGAGUCACGCUAGCCAGACGCCGAGCAUAGCCGAGGGCACCAUCCACGACGACACCAUCGCUGAUGAUGCCUCUGCCACAUCCAAGACCAAGGUCACGGAAGAGCUCGUGAGUCGCAAGGUGCCGUGGGGCUACAAGCGCAACUCGACGAACGCAGGCCAGUUGAUUGAGCGCAGCGGCACUCCCCUGUCCGACCGACGCAGAAGCAUUGGCUACCAAAGCUCCAAUGGCCACGGCGUGCUGCCUGUUCGUGGGGCGUCGAGCGCAGCGUUGUCUGACAACGGUCACAGUGCAGGUGGAGCGACGGUGCCGACGACACCCAUUGCAUCGACUGCCGACGAGCAGGGUGCGGCAGCCUCGGCUAGCUCGGUUGUUCGCUCCGCCAAUGCGCCGAGCGCGUGGUCUGGUAGCAUAGCGCCUGCUUCGUCGCUGACGCGCACGAGGAGGAGCUCGUUUGGCGCGCGGCCAUCCACCGCGAAUCAGGCGCGUCGACCGAGCGCGCACCUCGAGACGAUCCAGCUGCUGGCGGAGCUGGAGAGGGCGAUGCGCAACUGCCACAGCGUCGACGAGUGCCGAGCGCUUGUGCACAAGGCGAUGCACUCGGACGGCACGCCGCUGUCUCCCUCGGCAUCUGGCAUGAGCGCCGCUUCUGGUGGACAGGAAGCCAAUGGCGAGCGCAAAGUCCAAGUGAGCGACACCGCUGCGGGUGUGGUUGCGCCGUCAGUAGACCAGAGCAACGUUGCUCCCACCGUGACGAGCGGAGAGAAGACAAGCAGCAAGGAAGUGGGCGGUGCCGCGCUUGGACAGACAGGAAGCGGGGGCGCGAUCACGUCGCUCGAGCAGGCGGAGCAAGGGCUGGUGGUGGCAUGGCUGCUCGGUGGCGAUGACGACCCGGAGCCACGUCGCGACAGCAAGGGAGCCGAGCGGGUGGUGCGUGAAUCACUCACAUCGUCCGGCUCGGGCUUGACGAAUGGCGAGGCGGACGAGACAGUGGUGCGCAACUUUUCGCUCGACUCGACGGCGUCGGGCAAGGAUGUGGCCAACCUGGCGUCGAGCAGCGUAGUGUCGUUGCAGUCCAACUACAAGGACGCGCAGGACGAGGUGGCGGCAGAGUGA